AUGCCUCCUGACCUUUCAAGUCAGCAGAACCUGCAACACGAGGCUUCAAGUCAGCAGAACCUGCAACACGAGGCCACGGCGGGGGGCCGGCGCGCGGCACGGCGGGGCGGGACCGCCGGCGCGCGUCCACGGCCGCCCUUGCUCCCCCAUGUCCCGGCGGCCACGCCCUCCGCCCCGGCGCCCCAGCGGCCGCGGCCCUCCUCUCCCGCGCUGGCGAGCAGGGGCAUCCUCCGAGCAGUGCGCGGCUGGCGAGGAACGGAUCGAGGCGCGGGGGCCCCUGCUCGAGCACGUCAGCCUCCCCUGUUUGCGGCUCGCGAGGGCCAUGGCCAAGGCGGCGCGCGCACAGCCCGGAGCGGCCUCGGCGAGGCGACCACGGCGUGGCGGCCGCGGCGGCCUGGGGGACCGCCGCCCACCUCGCGCCCUGCGCCGGUGCUCCUCCACCCCCUCCCUCGCCGGCACUCCUCCACGCUGCUCCCAGCGCCGCGGCGGGCGGGGGUCGGCCUCGACCGGCGGAACAGCCUCGCCUCCUCCGGCCACCUCGCGUACGCGCGCCUCGUCCUCCCGCGGCGCCCCGCCACGCUGCUUGCCCACAACGCCCUCCUCCGCGCCCUCGCCCGCGGGGCGCGCCCGGGCCUCGCCUUUGGCGCCUUCCGCGACCUCCCGCUCCCGCCCGACCACUACUCCCUCAACUUCCUCGUCCACGCCGCCACAGCCCUAGCGGCCUCGGCCGCGACGGAACGGCCCGUGCCGGGUGAGCUGAAUGCGAGGCUGCUCGCGGUGUCCGUGCACGGCGCCGCGGUGCGCCGGGGCCACGCGGCGGACCCGCACAUACAGAGCGAGGUCGUUUCCAAGUACACCACGCUCGGGGACGUCGCCGACGCGCGGGCCGCGUUCGCGAAGAUCGCGUGCCCGGACCUAGUGUGCGUCACGGCGAUGGUGGGGGCGCUCGCCGCAGGUGGCGACGUGGACGCCGCACGGGUUCUGUUCGACGGAAUGCCGCUGCGGGAUCACGUCGCGUGGAAUGCCAUGGUCGCGGGGUACAUGCACGUGGGCAAGUUGAGGGAGGCACUGACGCUGUUCGACGAAAUGCAGAGAGCUGGUGCCGCCGUCGGUGAAGCGACGCUGGUCUCAGCGCUCACUGCAUGCGUGCAAAUUGGUGCUCUGGACCGUGGCAAGUGGGUGCACUGGUAUAUGCGCAGCCGCGGGAUGCGGAUGUCAGUCACGGAGCCUGGCAUGAGCACCCUACGACAAGGACACGCCCGACCGGUGGCACAACAUCGCCCGCGCCAUCGGCGGCAAGUCUGCCGAGGAGGUCAGGCGCUCCUACGAGCUGCUGGAGGAGGACGUCAAGCACAUCGAGUCCGGCAAGGUGCCCUUCCCCGCCUACCGCUGCCCCGGCGGCCACCGCCGGCGCCCUCGGCUACGAGGCCGACAGGAUGAAGCAUCUGAAGAUCUAGGGAUUCAACGGCAGAGCUUGAGAUGGUGACAUUUCUUUUUGUGUCCAUAGGGAAACUUAGAAAUAUUUUGUUAAUGAAGAUUUUUGUUAAAUGCUAAAUCGCAAAUAAUAUAUAUCCGAUGUUUACAUCUAAUUUUAUAGCUGAUUGAGAUAUAUACAUAUGCAGAUUGGUAUCUGCACCUUCAGGUAUCUUUCACACGAUUGGUUCAACAUAAUCAUGAAAACCUCAGUAUGGUAAGGGAUGUAUUUUCCAACAAAACUGUUUCCUAUUGUUUUUUAUGUGGCAGAUAAGGGAAAAGGGAGCUUGCUAAUAAGCUCCUCCACUUUGUGGGAAAUCAAUUUUUUUUGUAAAUCUUUAUUAUGCAAAUCACAUAUUUGGUUUAUACUAUCAACUCUGAUUUUGGCCUGCUUACCAACAAUUAUUUUCUUAGUGCGUUUCUCAUGUCCAGGGAGUUACUAUUUGUGCAACAAAUUAAAAGUAGAACGAUUCUUCUUUUGCUAACCUUAUUGUGGUUAGUACUUUUCUUUUUCUCAUUAGCAUAUAAAUAAACUAUUGUUGCCACCAUCUUAGCAUACGUUCAUGCCGCGCCAUUCAUGCUAUGUUCAUAUGCUUAAUAUGGUAGACCGCAAUAGUAAAUUGUAAAUUCACCAUUUUUGCUGGGCAAGAUAAUAUUUGCACCAUCUCAAAAAAGAAUGUGUUCUUACAUGAGAGCUGAAACAAUGGUAGGCUGCAAAGAUGAGCAGUUGAGAAUUUAAUUGCUUAUGUGUCUCGCAGAUCACAAUAAAGAGCCUAGACAAUAAUGGUAGACUCAGAAAAUGGCUAUAGAGAAGUGCUUGAAUGCAGAGAAAAAGGACAAGCCCCCCCUGCUGCAAUAAUAAACUGUUGCACUCGACGUUUCUAUUUCAGCCAAAAUGAACCUCAUCCAUCAAACUCUUCAGUGCAACAAUGAGAGGCAGCUGCUUAGUAAUAACGUUCGAUUCAAGGUAUGUAUGAAAGAGUUUG